AUGACCGUGUCCCUCGGACGCGGCUGGUUGCACGAUCUCGACUACAAGCUCGACCAAGCUGCCAAAGCGGGGUUCAAAGGCAUCGAAGUCUUCUACGAGGACUUGGAAUACGCCGCCCGUAAGAUCUCUGGAAGCAAGACCUUCACCAAUGAGCAUAUCUUGCAAGUAUCCGAGCAUGUCAACUCCGCUUGUCAAAGCAGAGGCCUGGAAAUCAUCGGCCUUCAGCCAUUUCUGUUCUAUGAAGGUCUCAAGGACCGGGAACAACAUGCGAAGUUAAUCGAGAAGAUGAAGCUCUGGCUGAAGAUCGCAAAGGCUCUCGGCACAACUACAAUUCAAAUCCCUGCCAAUUUCCUCCCGGCAGAGCAGUUGACCGAUGAUUUCGAUAUGAUCGCUGCUGACCUGCGCCAAGUGGCGGACAUGGGAGCAGCGGCUGAUCCCCCCGUGCGCUACGCAUAUGAGAAUCUCUGCUGGAGCACACAUGUCGAUACCUGGGAGAAAUUGUGGGACGUGGUCAAGCGCGUUGAUCGACCCAACUUUGGCAUGUGUCUUGACACUUUUAACAUCGCCGGCCGGGUAUGGGCGGAUCCGGCUUCACCGACUGGCAAGACGCCCAAUGCAGAUGCCGAUUUGAAGGCGUCGAUUGAAAGAUUAGUGAAGGAGGUUGAUGUUGCGAAAGUUUUCUAUAUCCAGGUUGUUGAUGCGGAACGUUUGGAAUCCCCUCUUGUCGCUGGUCAUCCGUUCCAUGUGGAGGGUCAACCGGCGCGGAUGAACUGGUCCCGAAAUGCCAGAACAUUUAUGUAUGAGGAGGAUCGGGGAGCGUAUAUGCCAGUGGAAGAUGUGACUAAGGCACUUAUAUUUGGGCUGGGAUAUAAAGGGUUUGUAUCUAUGGAGUUGUUUUCUCGAACCAUGGCGGAAGAAGGAAAACAUGUCCCUGAUGAGCAUGCAAUGAGAGGCAUUGCAUCAUGGAAGAAGCUGCAAGAGAGACUGAACUUGACUUAA